AUGGCACGCACACACAAACACGCCUCAAAUCUCACUCUGUCGCUCCUCUGCUCCAUGCCAUGCCAUGCGAGAUCCUGGAGAGAGACAUUUUCUAUCCCUUUUUCGCUCUUCCCCCAUGUUUCGCUAGCAAAAGUCGCUUGCAGCAAAGAGGCGUCUUUAUUUCUCGGCGUUCCCGAAAAAAAGAAGAAAAGAGAGAACAAUAGACUCCGCCAAUGCACGUGGGAGAGCGACGCCCAGCACGCGACAGCCGUCCAUCGAACGAACCAGGUACCUGACAGCCCGACCAUGGCAAGGCGGUGGCAACAAGUCUCAGAAGAAACACACACAGUGGGCGGAAAUGCCACUCAAAGAACAUACCUACCUAGACGGAAGUCAGAAGAAUUCCCCAACAGAAGCUGGCCUCGCUGCGAAGGAGACGCUAGCAACCCGCAGAAUGGCCCUGUGGCAGCCACUCACAGCGUCUGGUUGGCGUUGCGCCCCCAGCUUUCGCGCUGCGCACUUGCUGGCUGGCUGCCCGUAGGAUCUGCUGCUUACUUGCCUUGGGCACUGAAAAGGCAUCAAGUAGACGAGACGCCGGCAUUGAAAGCAACUACCAGGUAUACACACACAACUCUGCCAGAUGUUGAAGGCGCCCUUAAUAUGACGGCGGCCGCGGCGACAUACAGGCGCCGUUCAGACCCGGCUCCCGUCUUCUCAGGCCCGGGGGAUCAAGGCCCAGACCCAGCAGACAAAAGCCGGGGCCCCGAUCUCCAAGGACCAGGUGUUGCCGCCCCUCCGUCACGGAUAGUGGCAUCUACAUGGUGGUUGUACACAUAUCUCGUAUUAACCCGUUGUAUCCUGUAUUUGGUGCUCUUGGCUCUCAAUACAUAG